UGGGCGAUAUGGGCAAAAAUAUUGCAAUAAAUUGCCUGAAUUGGUGCGAUAUCGAUAAAUAUAAUUAUAUUUUUAUAACAUUUUGCACCACAGUUUUUUAAAAUGUAUUCUACUACUAGUUUAUGGUUGUAGCCAUCAAUUGUCCCAUUAACAAUCACCCAUAUUUACAAAUUUAUUUCACUUCAAACUUAACAUUUCUCAUGUGCAGGCUACUUAAUGAACGAUGUCAGCAAAAUGCCUGCGGUAAGUGAUCAGUAUGGUCGGUGUCGAUAAUUUUCGGUUUAUCAUCCCAGCUCUAGUCCAGGGUCCUUAUCCACCCACAACUCAGGCAGAGAGUCCAUCUACUGGGGAACUCCCUGGUUCAGUGCCCCUGAGGGCUGGGACCAGCACUGUGGGCCAGAGGCAGCUGUGAAGGGAUGGGGUAGUAGCUGAGGACAGAGCCAUGGUUCAUAACGUCUCAGUCCCCCAAACACCACCGCCGGCACUGGUGGGCACCAAUGGCCGCUCCUCUGGGAGGAAGAGGACACCCAAGGCAUGUGACUGCUGUGGGCCAAACUCUAAGCACCACAAUGGAAAGGACCCACAUGGGAAGACUCCAGGUGGCAAGCCCAGACAACGCAGGGCCCAGCCGGGGAAGGGCAGGGGCCAGGCACUGGGGGAGACCCCCAAGAGGACAGGUGGUCACCACUCUUCUGAGAAGACCCAGAUGACAGAGGAGCAGGUAACAGCCAUCCGACAGGAGCUGGAGAAAGACUCGGUUGUGGAGGAGGUAACCAACUCCUUGGCUCCACCUGUAACCAACUCUGUCAGUCAACCUGUAAUGAAUGUUGUGGCUCCACCUGUAACCAACUCUGUCGGUCAACCUCAACCUUUAACAGACUCUAUGGGUCAACCCUUAAUGAACUCUAUGGGUCAGAAGUUAACGUACACUGUGGUUAAACUGGUGACCAAGUCUGUGGUUCAACCGGUAACAAAUGCUAUGGUUCAACCGGUAACAAACUCCGUGGUUCAACCUAUAAUGAAGGCUGUGGUUGAGCAUGUUCCUGAUUCAGAGAUGGAGCAGGAGAAUGGUUGUGAAGGGGCUGUGUGCGAGGGGGAGCAGGCCCCUGGUCUGGAGAUGGAGCAGGAGAAUGGUUGUGAAGGGGCUGUGUGCGAGGGGGAGCAGGCCCCUGGUCUGGAGAUGGAGCAGGAGAAUGGUUGUGGUUUAGACAAACAGCCGGUAACCGACUCUAACACGGAGGUCAUGAAGCAGCCCCAGGCUGGUGACGCAGCUGUCUCCCUUUCCAACGGUACAUCUGCUGUGCCCAACGAGGAACCAACAGACUGUAGCGCCCCUAUGGAGGUGGAACCAUCAGCCACAGCCUGUGUUUCCCCAGGCAUUAUGUUAUGCAGCACCCUCCACCCCUUCGCUCUGUGGGACCACAGAGAUUACUGUGAGGUGGGAGUGUGGGCUCCAAGCCCUGAGACAGAGGAGGACUGUGUCUCAGACCCAGCACAGCAACCCAACCCUGAAGACAACAUCCAGGAAGUAAUCAUAGACCUUAUACAUGAGUUCCUGGCGUUCUUCUAUGUGAAGUACGGCAGCUUUAUCCCCCUCAGUGAGACUGACGUCCUGGAGCAUCUGAAGAACAAGUGUAACACUGACCUCCAUGACAAGAAGCUAAACAUCCACUCAGAAAUGAUGAAGUACAAAGCGGGUCUCGCCUCCACCUCUAUGAAGUGCUUCAAGGUGGACUACAACAAGCACACUCUGACCCUGGAGGACCUGUCCACACUGGAUGACCAAAACUGGGUCAACGACCAGGUGAUAAACAUGUAUGGAGAAUUGAUCAUGGAGGCUACACAGAACAAGGUUCAUUUCUUCAACAGCUUUUUCCACAGGCAGCUGGUGGCCAAAGGCUACGAAGGGGUUAAGAGAUGGACCAAAAAGGUGGAUCUGUUUUCUAAGAGGCUGUUGUUGAUUCCUAUCCACCUGGAGAUUCACUGGUCCCUGAUCACAGUGGAUAUAGCCAACCACCACAUCCACUAUUAUGACUCCCAGGGCAUCGUUUUCAAAUACACCAUGGAGAACAUCCUGAGUUACAUCCUGGCUGAGGCCGAGGAGAAGAAACAAACUGGAUAUCAGAAAGGCUGGAAGACGACUAUAAACAAGGGUAUUCCUCAACAGAAGAACGACAGUGAUUGUGGAGUCUUCAUCUUGGAGUACUGCAAGUGCCUGGCAUUGAAAGAGCCGCUGCAGUUUACACAGGAUGACAUGCCCAAAGUCCGUAAGAGGAUUUACAAAGAGCUCUGUGACUGUAAACUGAAUGACUGAUCAAACGCAGUGUCCCAGCUCAGAGAGUACACCUGCCUUUCCACUGGACCGUGGGCUUAACGACUGUUUGACCCUUAUUGUGGAAGGGCCAUUAAUACUUUAAAACAUGACGGGCCAAGAAGCUGAAUGAAGUGCGGUGGAAACAGGACACGUUGUUUGACUAACGACACAGAUGGCAACCAUCUGUCCUUCAGUGGAGGGCCAGCGGUGCAUAGUUGGGACUUUUUUUUUUUAUACCUUGAUAAUGAGAGAGACUUUUGAAUUUCUUUUGAGUUGACGUCCACAAAGUUUCCACUGCUGACUGACUGGCUGACCUGGAGCGAACACUGCUGGUAGGUUUCAGAGGCCGGUAAUGGGCCUACCAGUGUUUAUGACACGUGUCCUAGCUUCAGUUCUUGAAAUGUAAACAGGAGAUGAUAUGGGACAGUAGGUGAAACUUGAAGGUUCUUGUUUUAUAUCAUGUAGUGUUUGCCUGACUAGUGAGGUAGAGAACAAUAACUCAUCGAAGGCUAGCUUUUAACGUUACUUAAUCUCGAACCGCUUCUUAGUUCUUGAGAAACUCCACGUUUGUUAUCGGGGAGUUAGUUAUGAUUACCCAUGAUGCUCCACUGAGAAUGGCUUCAUGACAACACACACCUCUUCCUGCUUCUGUUGAAAAUACGCUGUUAAAACAAUAAGUAUAUCUUGACAUUUUAGUGUACUGAGGAAGAAUUUAAUGAUACUGCUGUAGAACAGUUUCUAAGCCUUUUAUUGUAUGAGAACCAUAGCUGGCCGGGCCAUCUUCCUCAUUGGAGGAUCACCAAUCACUUAGGUGGUGUCAGUCCCCCAUCUGAGGGUGCUGGUCCACAGACAGGUUGUAGAUGAGAAAAUGCUGCUGUAGAAAUUGCUGAAUCCCAUCUAUACUGUCUGUCAUUAAUGCACAUUUGAGCCCAGUGUAUACCUGGUGCUAACAUGUGCCUUUUGUGCUGUUGUCCACAUUCUGAUUGUGCCCACAUUUUUAAGACGGGUGUAGACGAUUAAAGUGUCUGGAUAUCAA